AUGGCUUCUUUCAACUCACUACUGCUAUUCAUCCUAUUGCUACAACUCGUCUCGGCUCAAUACUGCUCCUUUUGGAAUACUGGCUGCAUUGACUCGCUCGCUCAAACGGCCGUCCGUUUCGACCUCAACCCUCUCUUCCCCGAUCCCGUUACACUCUACUACAGCUUCGAUGCUAGUCCCUCGGGGAAGGGCGAAGGGCCCAUGACCAAGACGGCGUUCUGGUUAGGAUAUCCAAACCAUAAUAUCAACAAAAAUGCCGUCGACUCGAAUCGCACGUCGGAAAUCGGCCUCAGGAUCGGCAAUAUGACCGGUACCCCUUCCGGAUCUAAUAAUGGAUGCGAUGGGAUUUGGGGAAGUGAUUGUUCUCGGGAUUUCAAGAGUUCCCUGCAACACAGCAUGUUCCGUCUUGCUACCUCGGGUGAAUACUAUUCCAAGCCCCUUGAGGUGGCUCUCAACCAGAUGUUGAUAAAGCCACCACCCCUCCCUUCAUGUCCACCACCCAUUCUCGACGUGGCCUCUAUUCCAGUGCAAGAUUUUGCCAGAGAGCGUGUUCCCGAUCAGAACGUUACUAUCAUGCCACCCGGGUCGGGCGCUUGGCCGUGGCAGGUCUGGUAUUUGGACGGUAUGAACGCUCGCAAGCAGGCCUCUCAGGUUGCUGUUGGUAUCAUCAGCCGUGCACCUUCGUACAACAGUGCCCCGCCGCGCAGCCCGGAUGAUAUCAUGGUCGAUCUUGUCUGUCUCCAGGCACCUUCCAGUGGAUCAUCCCAGGGCGCUCAAAAUUAA